AGCUGCAGGGGGGCGGGACAAGGAGUGACUCGGGCUUGAGGCCGACGGGACGGGACGAAGAGGGCAAAAAGGGGCGGGGCAGGAUAGGGUGGGUCCGGCCGUCGGAACCCGGGAGUGCAUCUGCUGGACGCUCUCGUCAGUUCGGCGCUUGGGGCGACUGGAGAUCCAUUAUUAACAAUACACCAGAUUACAGACUUGGACAACUAGAGAUGUCUGGUACAUAUGACGAUUCUCUUGGAUUGGAAGUUUCCAGUGAUAGUUUUUGGGAGGUUGGGAAUUAUAAGCGGACCGUGAAACGCAUUGAAGACGCUCAUCGACUGUGCAGUGAUCUUAUGAAUUUCAUUCAUGAGCGUGCAAGAAUAGAGAAGGCCUAUGCUCAGCAGCUAACAGAAUGGGCAAAAAGGUGGAAGCAAUUUGUAGAGAAAGGUCCUCAGUAUGGGACAGUUGAAAAGGCUUGGCAGGCAUUUAUGCUUGAAGCUGAAAAAGUUAGUGAGCUACACCUCAAUGUAAAAGGUGCCCUAAUGAACGAAGACUUUGAAAAGAUUAAAAACUGGCAAAAGGACGCCUUUCACAAGCAAAUGAUGGGUGGAUUUAAGGAGACAAAAGAAGCAGAAGAUGGCUUUAGGAAAGCCCAGAAACCCUGGGCCAAAAAGCUGAAAGAGGUAGAAGCUUCCAAGAAAGCAUACCAUGCAGCCUGCAAAGAAGAAAAGCUUGCGGUAUCCAGAGAAGUUAACAGUAAAGCUGACCCAACCCUGAAUCCAGAACAGCUAAAGAAAUUGCAAGACAAGGUGGAUAAAAGUAAACAGGAUGUCCUGAAGAUGAAAGAGAAGUAUGAAAAAUCUCUUAAAGAGCUGGACAAUGCUACACCGCAAUAUAUGGAAAACAUGGAGCAGGUUUUUGAACAAUGUCAGCAGUUCGAAGAAAAACGCCUCCAUUUUUUCCAAGAAGUGCUGCUGGAAAUUCAGAAACAUCUGGACUUAUCUACUACUGAAAGCUACAAAAAUAUUUAUCAUGAACUGGAGCAGAACAUCAAAGGAGCUGAUGCUGUUGAAGACCUGAGGUGGUUCAGGGCCAGUCAUGGUCCAGGCAUGUCAAUGAACUGGCCUCAGUUUGAAGAAUGGUCAGCUGACCUGAACCGUACUCUCAGUAGAAGAGAGAAGAAAAGGGCUGCAGAUGGAGUGACCCUGACUGGCAUUAACCAGACAGGAGACCAGGACAACAAAAACAGCAGCAACCUUAGUGUCCCGGGUAACACAGUGCAGGCAGUACAGUCAAGUUACAAUCCCUUUGAAGACGAAGAGGAUACUGGAAGUACUGUCAGUGAAAAGGAGGACAAUAAAAUCAAAAAUGUUAGCAGCUCUGAGAGAAACCAAAGUUAUCCCACAGAGUGGUCUGAUGAAGAGACCGGCAAUCCAUUUUCCUCCAGUGAUGCACAAGGAGAAACAAAUCCCUUUGAUGAGGAGGAGGAGGCCUCACCUGCCAUGGAGGUGCGAGUUCGAGCCCUGUAUGAUUAUGAGGGUCAAGAACACGAUGAGCUCAGCUUUAAGAUUGGGGAAGAACUAACUAAAAUAGAAGAUGAAGAUGAACAAGGCUGGUGCAAAGGACGUCUGGAUAGCGGACAAGUUGGUCUAUAUCCAGCAAACUAUGUGGAACCAAUACAGUGACAAUUUAUGUUUAGAAGUGUUGCAGAAAUUGUUGGUCUGUUCAAUAUUUGUGGGUCACAAUGAGAGGGAAACCAAAACGUGUGUAUAUUUCUUGUAAUGCAAUUGAAUGAUAGACGGAGUUCUUGUCCUCAGAGAAAUCAUCUAACAAAAUAAAGCAAGACAGAAAGGAGAAAUAUUGUGCCACUUAUAUAUAGCAUAAACCACCAGGACAGAGUGAAAAAAUAGGAUAGCAAGGAAAUGCCUUCUUAGGGCUCCCUACCUAUUUCCUCCAUUAAGAUUUUUGUUUCAAAUUUUCUGAGUCAGUGCCUCAGCUAGCAUUCUUUGUUGAGCCUUAUAUUGAUUGUGAUUUAAUCAGUUAUUUUAAAUGACCUCCAGUUAUUUGCAACUUAUUUUUUUUUAAAGUUGCCGUUGAUUUUAUAUUUGUUUCUAGGAAAAUUUGAAAAAUGGAUUUUUUAAAAUGUAAAAGCCAUAUGCCAUCUUCUCACGCCUGCUUAAUCAUUUAUUAUUACUUCAAUUAUGACUCCGAUGUAUCAGUUAAAGCUGCUUCCAGGUGGAAUUUUUUCUAUACUGUAUAUCUUCCCAAAGUGUUUGCACCCGAGAAUGCCAUCAAGUACUCAAGUACUGCAUUAAGAAUCUGUUACAGAACAUUGUAACAGUCUUGUUAAUGCUGCUGAUACAUUUUUGAUACCUGACGUAUUAAUAUCCUGAACGAUUGCGUUUGGGGAGAUUUCUAAAAACCAAAAAAAAAAUUAAGCCGGUUUCCACCAAACUUUGCUGAGAAAUUUCUGCUUUACGAGUUGCUAAUUAUUGUUUUGGAAAUUAUUGAUUUGGAAAUUUAAAUAUAUAUAAUUAUUUUUUCAAGCAAUGAGACUGUAAAAUAGAUAAAUACUUUUUAUUAAGAAGUUCUUCCAGUUGUGUAUGUAUGUAUAUAAGAUUUAAGAUAAAUGUAAAGAGCAUGUCAUAACUAGCAAGCCUUUUAUUGAUUAUGGGUUAGAUUGAUCUGCUGGUGUGAAGCUGCACACUAAAUGGGAGUUCGCUAUUGACUUCCUUGGGCUAUGGAUUGCCUCCUUUAAAGUAAGCAAAGCAGUUUUAAUUAUAGGCUUAUUUAAAGUGGCUUUGUUGGUGCAGUCUCCUUUGGCUGUGAGAUAGCCCAGUAGCUCAUUUCAGUGCACAAAUGGAAAAGCACUAGGAAGGAUCCUUUGGGGCCAAAUGGAAAUCCAGUCUCUGUGGUGGAUUACUGUAGCAGAACACUGUAAAAUUCUUCUACUACUUGUUUGCAGUGGCAAAUUAGCUAUGAAAGUAUCAAGUUCUAUACCUUGAAAUAGAUUGUGAACAUGUAAGAACAAAUUGCUUUAUAGAAAAUCUAAAUACCAGAUAAGUAGAUACGCUGUUCUAGGAAACUACACUGUAAUUGAAAUAACAUUUUAAUGCUGUAAAUGCUCCAUGAUUAUUCACUUUGCUUGUGUAGACUGAUAUAUUUAUUGAUCUCUAAAAUAAAAUUAUAUACAACUAA